CCCGGCUUCAGCACGGUCCAUCUCCUUGCAGAUAAUUUUUAGAUGAACCGCUAAACAAUUGUAUUUGGUGGCUUCAAACGGCCCACAACUGUAAAAGCAGUACAGCGGCUGAUCAGGUUUCCUACGUGCUCCUUCCUGCUUCGCCGCCUUCUAUCGCCACAGUGGUAGCCCGACUUUUAGAAUUCGGCAGCUUCCGGAAGUGACUCGGAACCACCUGCAAAUUACCCGACAAUCCGUCUGGCCGAUCCUCUAGGGGAGCUAAUCGGAGCAACCCACUAAUAGAUAGCUUGGGACUGCUUCCCAGAGGACCCUCGCCCUUAAAGGUGGUGUCCUCACGUUUGCGUGGGGGGGCCCACGGCUGGAAACGCCCCCUUGGGGCGUGUCUCCUGCGUGGAUAGGCUGUCAUACCUGCUUAGCGGGCGGUGACUGUGCGACCUGGAAGGAAGAGGCUCCAGUCGGCCCACCUGAUACCGGACGCGUGUCCAUGGCUGCGCUAGGUCUGAGGGUAGAGCUGGACUCGCUGCUCCUGCAGCUACUCGGAGACCUAGAGGAGCUAGAGGCAAAGCGGGCGGCGUUGAACACCCGGGUAGAGGAGGGAUGGCUCUCGCUCGCCAAGGCUCGCUACGCCAUGGGCGCCAAGUCUGUAGGACCCCUGCAGUAUGCUUCCUGUAUGGAGCCCCAGGUCUGCGUCCGUGCCAGUGAGGCCCAGGAUGGACUCCAGAAGUUCAGGGUGGUGAAAGCUGGCGCCCAGACCCCAGAGGAGGUGGGACCCCGUGAGGAAGGUUUGCGCAGGCGCAAGGGCCCCACUAAGACUCCAGUGCAAGAGUCCUCAGAGGGCCCCCAGGACCCUCUGAACUGGUUCGGAAUCCUGGUUCCUCACAGUCUACGGCAGGCCCAAGCUAGCUUCCGGGAUGGCCUACAGCUGGCUGCAGACAUAGCCAGCCUUCAGAACCGCAUCGACUGGGGGCAAAGCCAGUUCCGGGAGCUCCAGGAGAAACUCAAGCAGCCAGAGCCUGGGGCUGUCUGACUUGUACUCACAGAGGCAGAGCAGCAAGCAUAGCUGUUCAGGGAUGUGGCUGCCUCAUCAGAGGCCUUCUCCCUUCACAUCCCCUUGCCCCGCCCCACCCUAGCUAAUGUCUCUUCUGUGUCCUUGGUCUGCAUGUUUUCAACUUUGUUAGGUGUGAAGUUUUAAGAGGUGACUGAGCAAUGAAACCAUUCCUAGGUCUGUGCUCUUACAGGACACACUCUUUUGGGCCAGGUGCCUGUUACUCAGCAAGUCAUGGGUCAGCUGUGGUUUCAUUUGAGGGUGAUGAAACACUGGACUGACAAUGGUGGGAAAGGACAGGCAGCAGUUCAGGUUCACUACUAGAUCUUUGACAUAGAACUUGCAGGAGAGAAAAACCAUGAAUGGCUGACAGACCAGGACAAUAUGAUUUGAGUCAAUAAAAAUAAAACACUUGAGUGGAUGGGCAGCCCUUGGCAGGAUCUAAGCCAAGAACUAGAAAAAAUAUUUGAAUUAGAUUAAGGGAAUUCUCAGAAAACACCUUCUGACCUUCCAGGUUUUAAGAACCCUGCCUUUAUUUUACCAAGCCUCUCUUCAUUUGAAGGGCCAGUUGUUUCCUAUUACAAGAACUUGCUUCAUUUUUCUACUGGGUUGUUGAUCUUGUUAGCAAUUUCUAGGAGCUCUUUAUGUUUGGGAAACUUAGUCCUUUGUAUAUGAGAUGUAAAUAUUCCUUGUCUUUAACUUUGCUUAUGGUGAUUUUUUUUCUUUUUUUACUUUUUAUUGUAAAAUAAAAUGUUACAUCAA